GCGGGCAGCCCCUGGGUGGUCCAAUACUGCAUAGAAAAAAAACAAACCCCCAAACCAACGGAGAACGAAGCACCGGAAGCAGACAUUUAGGAGCUGUAAGGGCGGAAGUUCUCUCCUGCCCUCUCGUUUUGUCACGUCCAGGACCUUAGCACGAAGAGAACAUAGACACAACCAGCUGUCCUGUCCUACAGUCACAGCUAUUGCUGCGCUCUGUGAAAUAGUCCCUUCCGUGCUUUUACUUCGGAGCGGGGAUGGAGGGGCGCCCUGCGUACGAGGAGUACCCGUACCCUGUUGUUUUCCUGCCGCCCUACGAGAACCCGCCGGCCUGGAUCCCCCUGCAGGAGCGGAUAUAUAAUUCAGAUUACAACAACGAGUUGAUCCAUUUUCUGCCUCGGUCCAUCCUUCUAAAGAAGCCUCCAGGAGCACAGCUUGGAUUUAAUAUCAGAGGUGGAAAAGCUUCCCAGCUUGGUAUCUUUAUUUCAAAGGUAAUCCCAGACUCUGACGCUCAUCGUGCAGGCCUGCAGGAGGGAGACCAGGUGCUGACUGUGAACAAUGUGGAUUUUCAGGAUAUUGAACACAGCAAGGCUGUGGAUAUCUUGAAAACUGCCAGAGAAAUCUACAUGCAAGUGCGUUACUUCCCAUACAAUUACCAGCGACAGAAAGAGAGAACGGUUCACUAGCUUCCCCUUCCAUCCAUAUUUAGAAAAGAUGGUGGUAAAGGUGGUGCUGGGAAUGUGACAAACUGCUGCCAGGCAAAUAAUCCUCAGACUACCAUCGGCCUCUUACUUUCAUCGUAGAUCUGCAACCUAUUUACAGCAUUUUUCCGUUUUUUGUUUUAUUUUAUUUUAUUUUUAUAUAGUUUAUUCACAAAACUUAAAUGACAUAAUAUGCUAUAUCUUUUUUUUUUUUUUUUUUUAGCAAAAACUAGUAAAAAUUCACAAAUGAGUAAUGGUGGGGGCUGCUUACCAACUAGAUCAUUCUACAUUGGCUGUAUUUUUCUGAAUGUAUUUUUAUAAAUGUUUUCUUUAAAUUAUAAAUACAUGAGAGCAAAUGCUUAAACAUUACAUGUUCCAUAUU